GUGUUUUUGGUUAUUUUGAUGUCACAGUUCAAACAGGAAAGCUGUAUACCAUAUCUAUCAACAUGAAAGGUUGGGCUCCUGCGGUGAGGGUCCUGCGGGGUCCCCCAAGGUGGCUUUUGCCAUGGACUUGGACAAAUCAUCUUCUCCUGGCACUUUGCAGGCCAUCAUGCUCGGACACGGCGGUCCGAACAGUCGUCGGACAGAUUGUCCGACCAGUCUCGCACCCCGUCGGACCGGCUUUGUAAUUCAGGCGGUGCGGACUCCGGAGGCGCCGACGGAAUGCUGUCGCGGGACGUGUUCACGUCUGGGUCACAGACCAAGUGCCAGGACAAAGCUUGCAAUUAUUCAAGUCGUAGCU